AUGCUGGUGCCGAUGACCACCGCGCUCAUCACCAUCCUUUUUGUCAUCGUAGUGGCGGAUUACUACUGGGAUUGCGAAUGGAGCUGGCCAGACCAUCUGUGUUUCAUCGGCACAUUUCCGAUCUUUGGGAGUUUUGACGCCAACUCCUAUGUGUUCUUGAUACUCUGGUGCCUGGGCGUUACCUGGUUCUUCUUCCUCAUUGUCAACACGGGAGGGCAGAUGGUCAAGCAGUUUGGCUUGAGAGCUCCCUUCCGCAAGGCUGCUGUCAUCUGCGUGUCUGUGCAGGAACGGCAGGAGACCAUUAGCAGUGGCUAUUCGCGGACACUGGCCCUUCGCAAGAAGGCUCUGGGCUUGGUGGCGAAGGUCUUUCGUGGCAAGGACCUGCCCGGCGGAUUCUUGUCGCUGUCCGGCGCGUCCUCGCAGACCAUCCCGCUGAAGUACGACCACACCAGCAAGCUCUGGUACGUGGAGUUUCGCUGCCAAAGAUACGUGUACGAUUCUGACGGCGACGGCUUUGUGCAGCAUGAUCCCAGCACCAGUCUGCGGAAAGGUCAUGCGGCCUUCGACACACUGCUAGCAGAAGGUGGCCUGAGGACGAAGAGCCCCUCGCCCCAAGGCUUCAAGUCCGUGGAUGAGAUGUACAGGAGCGCCGGGCCGAACCAGAUUCCCUUUGAAGUGGACUCUUGGUCACAGGCUCUCACUGAGGAGUUCAGCACGCUCUUCUUCUUGUACCAGUUUUCCAUCUACGCCGUCUGCGUGUGGUUCUCCUACUGGCACUACACAAUCAUUGCCAUGACCAUUGCUAUCAUCUCUGGUUUUUUCAACACCUCUGUGAGACUGGCAAGUCAGCAGUCCAUCAAAUCCAUGAUGGAGCAGCAGCUGACGGCCCACGUGCUUCGAGAUGGCCAGGUCGUUGAGAUUGACGCCAACGAGCUUGUGCCUGGUGACAUCGUCAAGGUGCAGCCUGGUCCAGUCCCUUGCGACCUGCUCUUGCUCCGCGGGGCGGCGGUCUGCGACGAGUCGACACUGACGGGCGAGUCCAUGCCUGUGCAGCGCUUGGCACCGGUAGAGAAGUUGCCAGAUGACCCGCCCGGGUUCCGCUUUGCCGCCAAGCACUCCUUGGUGGCAGGCACGUCUGUGCUCCAGGUUGUCGACAACGAGACAUGGGCUCUGGCAACCCAUACGGGCAUUCACACUCAGAAAGGGCAGCUGCUCCUGUUGAUCUUGUACCCGCCAAAAUUGGUGUUCAAGUACGAUGAGCAGCUGAGCGUCGCUUGGCAAGCAGCCGAGCGAUCUUGGAGGGCACGCAGGGCACUCAAGCAGGAGCUUGCGCGACCUGAGGUUGUCUUUUUCUUGCUCAUCAUCUACGCUUUUGCCCUUGUGGUCAAGCUGAUGAGAGUCAUGUACGUCCGCUACGCGGUGCAGCAGAAGCUGCCCCUCACGGCCACCUGGGCCAGCGGGGUCUUCACCUGCUCCUGCGUACUACCUACGAUGCUGCACAUCGUGCUGUCCGUGGGCCAGGUGAUUUCAGCAAAGCGGCUGAAGGAGCAGACGGCUCUGGAAUUGGAGAAGAGUUGCAGCAUCUUCUGCGUGGUGCCCAAGCGGAUCGCUUUGGCGGGGAAGGUUCGUGUCGCCUGCUUCGACAAGACGGGCACCUUGACGACCAGCGGUUUGGAGUUCUUCGGAGUGCACUGCGUGGAGACGGAGGGCAGCGGAGGCCCCGCCCGUCAGCUCAGUUGCUUCGGUUCUCAACCCUAA